UUGGAUAUGGAUCCAAAAGAAUUUAAUAUUAAAAAAAUAAAAUUUUUAGAGCGUGUAUCAAAGACUAAUGAAGAAAUUAAAACAUUAGAAGAGUCAACGAAAAAUCAGUCUGAAAGCGAACUAUGGAAAGUAGAGAGAAGUAUACGACUGACAGCCUCAAAUUUUGGAAAGGUUUGUAAACUACGAUUAACAACGUCAAGGAAAAAUACUGUUAAAAGUAUAUUAUAUAAUACAUUUUCCGGUAAUUUAUCGACAAACUAUGGCAUCGAAAAUGAACCUAUAGCAAGAAUUUCCUUCGAAAAAGUGAUCAACUUAAAAAUUAAACCGGCUGGUUUAUUUGUUGAUAAAACAUAUCAUUUUUUGGCUGCAAGUCCUGACGGGCUAAUCGAAGACGAUGGUAUCAUAGAAAUUAAAUGUCCAUACACUAUUAAAGAUCUCACACCUGAAGAUGCUAUCCAAAAUGGAAAAUUGAAAUUUGCGACAGUCAUCGAUGGAAAAUUAAAUUUAAAAACAAAUGAUAAUUACUAUUAUCAAAUACAAGGACAACUACACAUAACACAAAGAGCUUACUGUUAUUUCGUCGUGUGGUCAUCCAAAGGUAUGUUGUACCAAAAGAUUGUACGAGAUGACGUUUUUUUCGAACUACGAAUGCAGCAACAGUUGAUUUCAUUUUACCAUGACCAUUUGUUACAUGAAAUAUUAGAUUCCCGUUUUAAUCGUGGUUUACCCAUUAGAGAUUAAUUUUUAGCUUUUUUCGUAGUUAUAAUGUAAUAUAUUUAAUUAAAAUAACGACUUCAAUAUUAUUAUGUAUUAUUAAGUAUUUGAUAAAAAAUAAAUUAUAUUAAAUGUAAAAAAUUUUAAAAUGUUUAAAUACUACCUAUUCCUAUUUCUUAUACUAUAUAUUAUAUUAUUGUAAUGUAUUAAAACUAAAUCCAAGUGGCAAGUACAGUCAUAAAUCAUAAUUAACCCUAAUAUAAAUUAUUAUCGGUAAAUAUUGUAAUUAUAAAAACAUUAAAAUCCCCACAAUGGUUU